AUGAGGACGACAUUGACAACCGUUGCAGCCCUUUCCGGGGUUGCCUCAGCAUGGAUGCCCGGCAUUCACAAAGACAUUGUCUCAAUCAAGGGCGAGAACCUCUUCAACAAAACAGACCCCAUUACUAAACGCUGGCUGCCUGCAUCCGGUAAGAUUCGAGGUGUCAACCUCGGAUCCAUGUUCGUCUUUGAGCCCUGGAUUGCCGAAAACAUAUGGAGUGACAUGGGAUGUUCAAACCAAAACUCAGAGUUUGACUGCGUUAGUGCCGUGGGCCAAGAUACUGCGAAUAGCCACUUUCAAGACCACUGGGACUCGUGGAUUGUUGAAGAUGAUAUUGCUACUAUGGCGAGUUAUGGAUUGAAUGCCAUUCGUAUUCCUGUCGGCUACUGGAUAAGAGAGGAUAUUGUCUAUAGCGAUAGCGAGCAUUUCCCUCAAGGAGCAUUGCCAUAUCUUAAGAAAAUAUGUGGUUGGGCUAGUGAUUAUGGUUUCUAUAUCAUUAUUGACUUGCAUGGUGCCCCUGGCGCGCAGGUUGCACAGAAUUCAGAUACUGGACAGUUCGCUCCAAGCCCGGGAUUCUAUGUCGACUAUCAAUUCGAGCGAGGUCUCAAGUUCCUGGAAUGGAUAACUACUCAGAUCCAUUCUAGCAACAGCUUCCGCAAUGUUGGCAUGCUUCAAAUUGUCAACGAGCCCGUACAAGACUCCAACCAGGUCGGAAAUUUAUUGUCAUCUUACUACCCGAACGCGUUCAGUAGAAUCCGCGCUGCCGAAAAAUCCCUCGGCAUCGCCGCUAACAACGAACUACACAUCCAAAUGAUGAACGCCAAAUGGGGCUCUGGAGAUCCAACCCAAUACCUAACCGACAACUACUUCGCCGCCUACGAUGAUCACCGGUAUGUAAAAUGGGACUCGAGCGUCGCCGUCAGCAAGGAUGACUACAUCCGCAGCUCAUGCAACGAUGACCGUGGCGGUAACACACCUACCGUCGUCACGGAAUGGAGUCUGAGUGUCCCCGAUAAUGUACAGUAUACGCCGGACUGGGACCCGAGCACUAACCAGGACUUUUAUGCCAGAUGGUUUGCGGCUCAGGUUAUUGCCUAUGAGAAGCAGGGUGGUUGGUUGUUUUGGUCUUGGAAGUCUGAGUUGGGUGAUUAUCGUUGGUCGUAUAAGGAUGCUGUGGCUGCCGGUGUUAUUCCGAAGAAUUUGGAUUCUGUUUAUGAUUUGGGAGUGUGUUGA